AUGGAGAAUCCUGUCGAGAGAGCAGUCAACGAGGCUACUGCAGACACACUCUAAAUGCCAGAUUAGAAACUAAUGAAAUAAGUAGCUGACCUUGUCAACCAAAGAGCAGAUUAGUAAGAUUGUAAUUCAAACCAUAGAUCGAAAUUUGCAGUCUAGGCCAUUGGCAAGAGACUCAUGCAGCUUCGUAAUGGCAAGGUUUAAGCCCUUACCAUGGAGCUCAUCGAAUAUCUUGCAUUCACUUGCGAAACACCCUUCUACACUUAGAUAGCUACCAAUGACUUUCUGCAAAGACUCAACACCCUCCUCAACCCAUAAAUGAAUGCUCAAGUAAUUCGCUCAUUUUACACCCAAUAGAUGCAACAAAGAUUACUCUAAGUAAUCGCAGUACUCAAGGCACUUAUGCAAUCACACCAGGAUCUAUUUCCUGCCUUCUUCCAAUUUUUGCAAAAGAUUGCUCCUAAACGUAACUGUCUUCUAGCAUCUGCAUUUUAGAUCAACUACCCAACAAUUACGAAAGCAAAUAUGCAGUACUCAGAAAGGCACAACCAGCAUACUCUUCAGGAGCAAGAGUCAACAGUUUAGGAUCUGUAAUAAUUUCUAUUUGAUUCCCAAAGGGCAACUCCAAAAAUGAUAAACUUAGACGCGAUCUAGAAAUUGUUAAAUCCAACAUCACACUGACCAAUGUAAUCGGAAUUCUUAAUCCUAGGAAAUCAUUGACAAUGCAAAUCCAUAAGAGGACGCAAGCAAAAACGAAAUCCUUAAAGACAUGACUACCACUUUGAGAGGAGUCGAAGAAAAACUCAGAAAGUAAGGGUCUUUCUUCUAAGUAGUUUAAUCACUGAUAUGGGAAACAAUGAUGAGGGGUUGAUGAACUUUUGCUUAGAAUUGAAUGAUGACUUACUCAAAGUAUUCUGUUGAAUAAUUUAUUAGACUUUUACGCGAUAUGAAGUGUUGAAGAAGCAUAAGAAACCUGAUCCUUUCAAACCUGAACAGCCAUAAUAACAAUAAUAACAAGUGCCUCAAUCCCAAACUUAAUAACAAGGACCAUUCCAAUAAUAACAGAGUCCUUUCAGUAUUUCUCCACCCAUGUAAGUUCCAGCUCAACAAUAAUAAAUUCAGCCUCCUCCAUAACCAAAGCCUCAAUAAAUCGAUUUGUUAAAUUUAUUUGAAUACGAUCCAAAAACAGAAGCAUAAUAAAAAGGGCCAUAACCUACAUAAAACAUGUAAAAUUUAAUUUUAACAGCAACAAAGGCUUGAUUUGAUCGAACUCGAUCUUCCAAAUCCUUUAAAUGAAAUUCUUAAAAAAGAAUCACAAGUUCCACCAGUAUCUUAAGUGCCACCAGUAUCUUAAGUGCCACCAGUGUCUUAAAUUCCACCUAUGUAAUAAUUUGGAUAACCGCCAAUAUAAUAAUCUUAACUUUAUGGGCAACCUCCUAUUUCACAAAUUUAAUAGCAAUCUAAUUAUUCUGCUUUGAACGCAUUUCCGUAAUAAUAAUAAUAUCCUCCUUAAUAAUAAUAAUAUCCUCCAUAAUAAUUAUAAUAUCCUUUUUAAUAAUAGCAAUAUCCUCCUUAACAAUAGCAAUAUCCUCCUUAACAAUAGUAAUAUCCUCCUUAACAAUAACAAUAUCCCCAAUAAUAAAAUGUAUUAAUUUAUUUUAUUGAAAGUUACAAUAGUUAUAUUAACAAUAAUAGUUUGGACAAUAACCAAUACAGUAUUAAGCAUUCUAAAAGUAGCCAACUUAAGCUGUUUCAUACUAAUAAACUCAACCCUAUCAACAAUAAGGUUUUCCUCAAUAAUAAUAUCCAGUGAUUAGCAGUAAAACGCGUUGAUAUAAUUAUUUUAGAUGUUUCUGUACAAUAAAAGAAACCAGAAAACGAAUUUGACAAUAUACUUAAUUUGGCAGUAGGAUAAAAACAAUAACCAUAGUAGCAAUAAUAGAAGUUAGACUUUAUUUGA